CAAUUGGACUCGCAGAGCGACCAAGUCAGCACACACAGCAGCAGCAGCAGCAGCAGCUAAACAGCAAUAGCCAAAUUCAACAACGCAGUUUCGCGCAAACAAUAGUCGUUCGAUUACGAUUUACAAGUUUCUUUUAAAGUAACAAAGUUGCAUAAACAAGAAAAAGAAGAUGUCUGCAUCUCCCACCGCUCGCCAAGCCUUCUCGCAUGCGCUGCCCCUGGCCAUGACGAAGACCAAGAAGGUUGUGAUAACCGAUCCCAUCCAAAUGCCGGAAGUGUACUCCUCCACGCCCGGCGGCACCCUCUACUCCACGACACCUGGCGGCACCAAGGUGAUCUAUGAACGGGCCUUCAUGAAGAACCUGCGUGGAUCCCCGUUGAGCCAAACGCCGCCCAGCAAUAUACCCAGCUGCCUGCUGCGCGGCACGCCCCGCACACCCUUCCGCAAGUGUGUGCCCGUUCCCACAGACCUGGCGAAGAAGACGCAAUCGCUGAAAAUCGAGGAACAGGAGCAGUUCCAGCUGGAGCUGUAAAUGCAGACAGCGCACACCAAGAACAAAGCAUCCCAAUUCCAAGCAGCUACUGCCAAAACGCACAAACAUCAUCCAUCCAGAAUGUUUUUAUCAUUAGCCAACCAACUAGUUGUAUAUUGUCGCACCUGACGCUGAUCUUAUAGGGCUAGCUCUCAUAUUUAUGCCAUCUAGUUGUCCAUGUAGCUCUUAAGUGGUUCGUUCCUAGUUUAGUUGUCAGUCAUAUUGACUGAGUUUGUGUUAAUUUAAUUGAUUCAUUUUAGUUGGUAAGCGACUCAUGCAAUAAACACUUGAUGUUAAUGUUGAA